AAGUCACGGGCCUCCCGGACACUGUGAAAUGCCGCGCGUAUAACGUAAGUGCUGCGUCGUUGGAACGAUGACGGCUGAUUGUGUACCGCCGAGAUGAGCUCCACUACGCUUGAACGCUUGGUCGAUGUUCGAACUGAUCAACUUUCACCCGCUGACUUCUUACUCCCUUAUCAGACCCCGUCGGCAUCCAGAGCAAGCUCCUCGCCUUGCCACGGGCCGCGAGCCCUCUAACCGGGUGUUGGACUCGAACCAACGUCACCUCCCCCCCGUCGCUUCACGCCGCCUGCUCUCUGAUGGAGAUUAUCGAGUGCCUCACAAACGCAAUCUGCACGGACGUUGGGAGCGCAGGGAUGUGUCAGGCUCACCUGAUACAACGAUUAUUUCCCGAGCUUCUGCGGCGCGCGUCUUGAUUUUAUUCACCGGGCCUCACACGCAUCGGUUUCCGCCGGCCCCGAGUCACUCAUUCCGAUGGCGGCAUGGCGGAGGCAUGUCAACCCGAGUGCACGCGCUAGAGCUCCACACCCAGAUUUCACAGUUCAGCAGAGCAGCAGCUCACACGCCGCUCCGCGGCACUCGCUGGCAUUCCGCGCUCCGCCUGCGCCGAUGGAAGCGAAUGCUCUCCGUCCAUCUCUCCGUCCGCCUCAGAUCAUAAGACAGUCACCGUCCUUGCUUCGUGUGCAGCUGCGAGUCCCGGAAUGCAGCAGGCGUGCAACCCCGACGACCGAUACCCGCAUACCGCCCAUUUGGCAUAACACGAGAUGGGCAACACGGGUGUGACGUCAAUCUGGUG